GACGCUCAACCAGCCAACGACCCAGGUGCAUUCUGACGACGAGGCGGUCACCGCGCGCGCUUCGCCCAUGGGGUUCCUAGAAGCCAACAGGGUCGCCGUGGAGGAGUCGGGGAGGGCCGCGGCCGAGCUCGACGGUCCCCGGUCGAGCGGCAUGUCCGAGCGGCCCGUAUUUGGAAAGACCAUAC